AUGGGUAUCCACAUGCCGGCUCUUGCUCCGAUUGCCAUCACCAACCAAGACACGUCUAUGAUGCAACGAUUGAGUUGCCGCCGCGACUGUGAUCCAGGGAAGAAACUUUGUCAGCGCUGUAACCUCACCUUCUUCGACCAGCAGUUGCUGGCCUACCACAUGUUGAAUUCCCACGGCCAGGACAUGACUAGCUUCGUUUGCGACAUUUGCGGCAUAAAAACACAGAAAUUGCACGGACUGCUGACUCACUGGGGCAGGGCACAUCGACAAAUUGUCAUUCGCUAUAAACAGCAGCAAGAAAGGCGAUCUGGAGCUAAG